AUGUUUAAGAUUGCACUAAUUAGCUACUUGUUAGUGGCAUCAUCGCUCGCUAUCCAAGUAAAAGUUGAAGAUAAAGCUCCAACAAAACUUACGAAAGUAACGAAAGAGAAAAAGAGUGAAAAACGUGACGCGCCAAUUGUAAGCUCAGGCUACGAUUAUUCCGAGCCCAGUCAUGCCCAGCCUACUUUCGGUAAUCAAGGAAUUUCCGUGCCUUCAGAUUCCUAUGGAACUCCUCUUGGAGCUCCCUUGAAUGAACAUUCUUAUGCCGCUUUUGGUUCAGCUCAAGCCACUCAUGGUGCUGGCGAAGAAGCCUAUGGAAAUGCCUUGUCUGGCGGUGAUUUCGCUCAACUCAUGUCCCAAUUGGGAGGCGAUCAUUCCUACCUCUUUGGAGGACAAUCGCAAGAACAUGGAGGUCAUGAAGUUGCUGGAUCGUAUGAAGCUCCUAACUAUGCCGGAUUAGAUUACUCCGCUUUGUCACAAGGACAUGCUGGAAGCGAAGAAUCACAUGUUGGAGCAUCUCAAGUUCAAUACAAAGCUCCGCAUUACACGACAAUUGCUGGCUUGCAAACCGGAGGACAUGGAGGCGUUGAACAAUCCAUUGGUCAUUCACAAGGAGGAGCUCAAGGAGCAUCUCAUGGCAUUUCCAGCUCUUAUGGUGCUCCAGAAGCUUCAAGCUAUGCCAAUAUUGAUUUUGGAUCACUUUUAGGACAAUCGCAUGGAUCUAUUGAUACCAAUUCUUUCAGCAUAACUCCUUCGAAGGAAAUUUCCUUUAGCUAUGGAGCUCCGAGUACCGGAGGACAUUCAUCGGGAGUUGCUCAAACUUAUAAAGCUCCUUCACAUGCCUCAAGUGGAUCUUCCAGCCAACAAUUUGGAUAUGUUAGUUCAGGAUCUCAUGGAGUCUCAGUACCUGCAGUUUCUUCAGGUUCUCAUGGAAUCUCAAGCUCUUAUGGAGCACCAGCUGUUUCCUCUGGAUCUCAUGGAAUCUCAAGCUCUUAUGGAGCACCAGCUGUUUCCUCUGGAUCUCAUGGAAUCUCAAGCUCUUAUGGAGCACCAGCUGUCUCCUCUGGAUCUCAUGGAAUCUCAAGCUCCUAUGGAGCUCCUUCUGUAUCAACAUCAGGAUCUUCUGGUUCAUUCAAAUCCUACAGCGCUCCUGUUUCUACAAGCUAUGGUGCUCCAAGCCAUUCCUCAGGCUCAAGCCAAUCAUUCGGCUCUCAUUCCUCAGGAGGUUCAUACAAAGCUCCCGCCAGCUUCUCUCAUGGAAUCUCUCACGGAAUCUCUCAUGGAAUUUCUCACGGAAAUAGCUUCGGAUCAUCUCAUGGAUCUUCAGGCAUUUCAAGCUCCUAUGGUGCUCCCAGUUUCUCAUCUCAUGGCGGCUCUUCCUCAUUCGGAGGUCACCAAAUCUCCCAUAAAGCUCCUCAAGAACAAGCUCCCUCAUAUGCUGCUGGUCACAAAGGUCUCCGACAUUACUCGGGACCUUCAUCAUCUCACAUUUCCCAUCAUGGUCCCAGCCAUGGACAUAUCUCAAGUGGACCUUCAUCCUCCUCCUCUUAUUUCUCCUCCUCAAAAGGCCCAUCAUCAGGCGGACACAAAAUCAUUCCCAUGACCUAUAGCAAAGUCCCGAUUUCAUCUUUCUCAUCUUUUGUCCAAUCCAAACCUCAUCUCCAUCAAUCCUCGACUGCCUUCAAGCCAUCCGCUUAUCUCGGCAGCAUCAGUGAAGACUCUUACUCUUCUCAUGGCGGCUCUCAAGGAGGUCACCAAUCCUAUGAAAUCCCUACAAAAUCCUAUAUUCCUCCCAAGAAAACCUACAUUCCCGCAAAUCAUGGACCUCCAGCUUCCAGUUACGGAGUCCCAUCAUCCCACAAUUACCUCCAUCAAGGAAGCCAUCACGGCGGUGAAUCAAGUUACUACCAUCACUAG